AUGAAUUUUACACUAACGCUCUCUUCUUUCUCUAUCUUUCUAAAUGAACAGUUUGUGGCUAAAGGCACGUACGAAAAGCAAGCUGAUUUCGCGCGUCUCGUGAAUAAAUUCGGCGAAGUCGAUGCGAUAAAAAUCCGCGCUCGAGAAGACCGGGAAAAGAAACGCGCGGCGCACACGGAAGCGUUGGAAGCCGCAGUCGCGGGUGAAGUCAAAAUAGAUAUCGGAGAAGCUAUCGUGCACGAUCGACCGGUAGACGGCGUCGAGUGGUGGGAUAAACCGUUUUUGAAAGACGGGAAAACGUACGCGGACGUUCCUUUGGACGAUAGAGUCUUGGAGGACGAUAAAGUCGGCGCGCUCUGGGAGCGCGUUUUGAACACGGACAAGAUUACAAAAUACGUCGAGCACCCGUACUUGGACGACCCGCCGAUGGAAGCGCCGCCACCGCCACCACCCGCAGUAAAACUCACCAAGAAGGAGCAAAAGAAAUUACGUCACCAACGCCGCGUCGCCAGAGAACAGGAAAAACAGGAGAUGAUUCGCCAAGGCGUGUUGGAACCGCCAAAGCCAAAGGUGAAAAUUUCAAACAUGAUGCGCGUGUUGACCGAAGAAGCGGUUUUAGAUCCAACCGUGAUUGAAAAGAAAGUGAAAGAGGAGAUGGAAGAGAGACAGCAAGCACACGACGAUCGAAACUUGUCGAGAAAGUUAACCCCCGCCGAACGAAGAGAAAAGAAAAUUCGAAAGUUGUUGAGAGACAACACGAGCGAAGCCGGCGAGGUGUUCACGCACGUGUAUAGGGUUGAAAACAUGCGAAACGUGAAGAACAAGUUCAAAAUAGACGUGAACGCGCAAGAGAAUCACUUGACUGGUAUUGGUAUAAUCACGGAUACGUUUACUAUUGUCAUCGUCGAAGGCACUAAUAAAGGUUUGAAAAGAUACGAAAAGUUGAUGAUGCGAAGGAUGGAUUGGAAGUUAACGAACGAAGAUUACACGGACGAGGAAAUCGAGCGCGCGGAAAAUAACAAGUGCACGUUGGUUUGGAAAGGAAGCGGGCCGCAACGAAAGAUGAAACGAUUCCACUUUGAAACGCUACGCACGGAAGCGGCGGCGAGGAAAUAUUUAGAGACUGAUUUCAAUUGCGCGAAUUAUUUCGACGCCGCGCAAAGCGCCGUGAGCGUUGACGACGACGAAGACGAAGACAAAGGAGAAGAGAACGGUGGUGGCGACGCGAUGGAAAUAUCGUGA